CAGAAACAACUUCCGGUUCAAGCGAGGAGCGAGGAAACGACAAUUAAGAGACUUGAGAAGUACCCUCAGUUGUUGGACUUGGUUUCAUUUCCUCGAUCGAUAUUCUAACAAAAUAACUCACAAAAUGAGUGUCUAUUUCGAAUAUUGUAAAAAAAAAACCUAGCCGCUGUGAGCCAUAAUCCUUACCAGCUGGUGGCGGUAAAUCGUUGUUUGCCAGCCGCCAUUGAACAGACGAACAAGUACAGUCACGUGAUUUCAGAGGGUUUAAAAAAAAAAAGAAAAUACACGCAAUGAGCUGUAAUAAAGCCGAACCAGAAAACCUCAACUAACACCGACAUUACCAUGCGUAGCAUUCAACUUUGGCGGUGAAUCAGCUGACGACACUGGGAGCUAAUGUUGGCCAGUCAACCAGCCUGUUUACACCAUGAAUUUAAGAGGACUCUUUCAGGACUUCAAUCCCAGUAAGUUCCUGAUCUACUCGUGUCUGCUGCUCUUCUCUGUGCUGCUGUCCUUGAGGCUGGAUGGAGUCAUCCAGUGGAGCUACUGGGCUGUGUUCACCCCAAUAUGGCUGUGGAAGCUGUUGGUCAUCAUCGGGGCCUCUGUCGGCACUGGAGUCUGGGCGCACAACCCCCAGUACAGGGCUGAAGGGGAGACGUGUGUGGAGUUCAAAGCCAUGCUGAUCGCUGUGGGGCUCCAUGUCCUGUUGCUGAUGUUCGAGGUGUUGGUGUGCGACCGCGUGGCGAGAGGAAACUACUUCUGGCUUCUCGUCUUCAUGCCGCUCUUCUUCGUGUCGCCCGUCUCUGUAGCAGCAUGCGUCUGGGGGUUCAGACACGACCGCUCCCUCGAGCUGGAGGUGUUGUGUUCAGUUAACAUCCUCCAGUUCAUCUUCAUCGCUCUGAGGCUGGACAGGAUCAUCAACUGGCCCUGGCUGGUGGUGUGUGUCCCGCUGUGGAUCCUGAUGUCUUUCCUGUGCCUGGUCGUUCUCUACUACAUCAUCUGGUCGGUCCUCUUCCUCCGCUCCAUUGACAUCAUCGCCGAGCAGCGGCGGACUCACAUCACCAUGGCCAUCAGUUGGAUGACCAUCGUCGUGCCCCUUCUCACCUUUGAGAUCCUUCUGGUGCACAAGCUGGACGGCCACAACAGUCUGAGCUACGUGUGCGUGUUCGUCCCGCUCUGGCUCUCCCUGCUCACACUCAUGGCCACCACGUUUGGCCAGAAGGGGGGGAACCACUGGUGGUUCGGCAUCCGCAAGGACUUCUGCCACUUCCUGUUGGAGCUCCUCCCCUUCCUCCGGGAGUACGGUAACGUGUCCUACGACCUCCAGCGCAGCGAGGACCCCGAGGCGGUCGAGGACAUGCCCGUUCCCGAGCCGCCACCAAAGAUCGCCCCCAUGUUCCACAAGAAGACCGGCGUGGUGAUCACACAGAGCCCCGGGAAAUAUUUUGUCCCGCCCCCUAAACUCUGCAUCGACAUGCCCGACUAACUGCGUAUCGGAGCCAAAGGGGACUGCUGUAUGUGUUACAGCGCAUGACUUUGGUUUCUCCUGAAGGUUUUGGUCCCCUCGCCUAAACCCUGCAUCACUAUGGCUGUCUAGAGGGACACAUUAGAGCCAACAUGGUAAUGAAUGAUCAGUGGAUCCAGGAUCCUGAUACCGGCUGUUUAUCUGAACGUAGAGACUGCCCUGCCUAACUCUGUCCUGGAACCAAAAGAAUGUUUUUCACCUGUAGGUGAAGUUUCACUCUGUUGCUUCCGAGGGAGUUUGGGGGAACCCGACCACAAGCGUCUCAGAUUCACUUGGAUCUGAAUACUUAGGUUGACACGACUGAUGAGGCAAAACAGAAGAGCUGGAUCUGCGUGGACUUGAAUAUUUGACUGUGUAACAGCAGUAGCAUUUUGAUUCAGACACACUUCAAACCUAAAGCAAAGAUGCGCUUGUCUUGAUGAGGACCAUUGGAGAGACUCUAGCUUGAACUCGGGGAACAAUGCGCUCUUAUUGUACCAUGAGGGAGGUGGGGUUAAAGAAAGGCUUCUGAUUUCUUUCAGGCGUGUGUUAAUACAACACUUGCGUGCCCGUCUGUACACUGAAAUGAUAAGUGGUCUCUGUAAAUAUCCUCCUGCUCACACUGGCUGUGAAGCGAACCCUUGCAAACCUGAUUCCAAUUUAAGAGACGUAGGGACAAACCCCACAAUUAUGUGUAAAAUGCAUUUUAAGAAACUGCAGCCAGUAUGGAGAGGAGGAAUGCUUACGAAGCCUAUUUCAAUGUACAUAUGCCGUGCUACGGUUGUUUUAAGGCAGACCUAAACACAUUUGAACCUUGAGAAGGAGAUGGUAAUCGAAACGGCACUUUGUCGGGUUAGACGGGACUCAUCUUGGAACAGAUUAACAGGUUUUUUUUUUUGUAUUCCUAUUUUUUGUAAAUAUCAUAAAUUGUCAAGUUAUGGACCAUAGUGGAGAUGGCAGGGUUGAGGCAAACAAUCAUCCACUUCUUCUUUUAAUUAUACAUGUAAUACCAUCUGAGUCAACCUAUGAAAGCAAGACAUUCUUAAACAAGUUACCACACAUUUAGAUUCUCAAUUGACUUUGUUUUAUUAAGUGAUUUCCAGACUUUGACCUCCCAUGUGGGGUAUUCAUGUGAUUUAAUAGCGUUCACAUCGUCCUAAUAGCGUACCGUAGAAAAUGUAACCGCUGUGCCGUGGCUUUCUUUGGUGCACCUAAGCCAUGCAUUCCCAACUUCUAUACAUAUCUGCUUCACCCGGCUCGUACAGGAACAUGCAAGUACAUUUCUUAUCCAAUGAGUAGAGAGUAUAACUCCUGAGAUCCCCUGUAGGUGUGCACAUUGCCAGAUUUCCUCAGUUUAUUGAAUUACUCAAAAGAAGCAAACGCAUUGUAUUUUUAUUCUUUUCAACCACCUGAUUGCUGGAGCAUCCAGCAUGCUGUCUGUGUGUUUGUUUUCUACAUGGCUUAUUUUUCCAUUAAAUUUGCCUGAUUUACUAAUUACACUCUCCCGUGACGCGGCCAGUAGAGCAACCUGGUUUUCCUCUAGUGGAAUCACCAGAUAUCUUCACUUCCUUUGUCUAUAUAUUUAUUUUAGAAUUAAACUAAGGAAAAAAAAUCUA